AUAUUUUUUAUCGUAGUUCCUGUCGUGGUAAAAAAUGACAUUAUUUUUUUAUAUUUUUUUUUUCCCUCUCGUUUCUUAUAUGUUGCUUCAACCUUUUUAUUCUUUCGUUUUUGACCUUUUGCUUUAGCCUUUGAACCCUAGUGAGACGAAUAGAGAAUAGAGGCGACUACAGCGAGGAGAGGAGAGGCAGCGGUGAGGUGAGGGGAAGCAGCAGGCGAUGGUGACAAGAAGAUGCAAUUGUGGAAGAAAAGCUGCAGUGUUCAUAUCGAAAUCAGAGAAAAAUCCAGGGAGGCUGUAUUUCAAGUGUGCAGAUAGGAUGUGCGAGUACUUUGGGUGGGGAGCGACUUCGACUGGGAAUGUAUCAAAUAUCCAAAGGAAAAGUAAAGCUAGUCAUAUGAAGAAUGAAGAUGAGAGAGGCUAUGAUUACGAUGUUGACAAACUCAAUGAAACUAUAAAUAGAUUGGAACGAGUUGAGGCAAACCAAGAAGCUAUGAAACUGUUUAUGUUCACAACCAUAGUGUUGAUUGGUUUUACCAUGCUAAUAGCACUACUGAAGUGAAUGUAACCUUUUAGUUAGUUUUUUUGUUUUGUUUUGUUUUUUUUUUGUGUGGAUGUAUUUGGGUUUUGAAUGUUAUAAACCUUAAACUAUGAAUGUUGAUAUGUAAAGCUUAAUGGAAUUACCUAUGUUUGAUGAA